AUUAUUAGUGAAAGGGGUUUUGAUUCAUUCCAGCGAUUCGAAUCUUUUCGAUCCGCUCACCAAGAAGAUUCCUUCAGUGACUCUUUUCAUACUUCCGCCAGUAGAUGGCAGCAAGGGAGCGAUUUUUAGUGCGUCGUGACAAGUUAUUGAAUCAUGUACUUCUCGUUCAAAAAUGGAGAGUGUUUAAGCUAUCAGUCACAGUAAAGCAGCUCUGUUAAUAUUUUCAACAGCUUGUCAAGUUCUAGUUAUGACAAAAACUUGACUUUAAGCUCGGCAGCCAAGUUUAAAUGCAAUGUCAGAGGCUGCUCAAAAUGGAAGACCCAUCCUCAAACGUCCUGGAGUGGGCUUUGGGGUUCUUGUGACAGACUCCUUCAAUCCAGGAUGUGUCCUGCUAGGAAAAAGAAAAACCAGAGUUGGGAAAGGCACCUACCAGUUACCAGGAGGCCACAUCGAAUUUGGAGAAACUUGGGAGGAAUGUGCCCAGAGAGAGGUGAUGGAGGAAGCUGGCGUCCGACUGAAGAACCUUCGCUUUGCGUCAGUUGUAAACUCUAUCAGACUGGAGGAAAAUUACCAUUACGUCACAAUCUUCAUGCAGGGAGAACUGGACAGGUCUUACUCUGUUGAACCAGUUAAUUUGGAGCCAGAGAAGAAUGAAGGUUGGACAUGGAAGCGGUGGGAAGACUUUCCCCCUGAAGAGCAGCUAUUUCUACCAUUAGCCAACCUCAGACAGCAGGACUUCCAGCCAUUCAGAAAGAGUUAAAAGGAUUUUCUGUAAUUAAGAAAUCAUCUUAUCACUCCCUGACUUAACCUUAUUCAGGUUCAGGUGAACUGAACUCACCUCAGGCUCUUUCUCACUCAUUUUAAAGGGAGCAUUGACCUAGCAAAAGGACACACGCCCUGACCUUAAGCUGUGAGACUGACAUACUGUACUUUCAGAUCGACUCUUAUGGAUAUUUACUAAAUGUUGCUCUAUAGCCUAAUGAUUUUAUUGAACAUGUAUGUGUACUAAAUUAUAUAUAAGGCUAUUAAGCUGUUAGGUCUUAUCAUAUAUUUAUUUAUACACACUGGUAUAUUAAGUAUACAGCAUGUUAUGGGUGAUAUUUUGUUAAAAUGUUAAAAUCAAACACCUUAAGGUAUCCCAAAAGCAAUAAAUUGUAUUUUAUUGUAAAGUGUUACCAAUAUUUCAUCAUUCAUCACCUUCCUCAUGCAAACAGACAACACCCUUUGCAUUUGUAAUACUACUGCAAGGAUUUCAUAACAUAUUUUUUUUUCCAAAUAAACCUUACCUGCGCUCCAAUAAACAUUACCUGUUUUGUUUUGUUUUUUAAGCCACGCCCCAUCAGUGAACUUAUUAUAUUAAAUUAUUUUAUAUUAUAUUAUUUUAUAUUAUACGCUGUGGGUUCGUACAAUUUAUUUAUUAUAUUGAAAUAUAUCUCGUGUUAAAAUAAAACCAACGACGUUAUGUGUAUUGGUGGAAACAGCGCCCCCUGUCCGUUCGUCGAUGAACAUACAGUCUGAAUCCGGUCGGCUCGAGCUAAAUGCGCCACAGCAACUUGUGAAGCAGUGCAGAGAGGUCGUCGGAUUCGCUAAGCUUUCGCUGUAGUUCGGCGAAGAGAAAAAAAAAACCUUUGACAAAAACAAAUUUCAGUUGUACGACAUGGUGAAACUUGCUUUCAACUCCGCUCUCGGACAGAAGGAUUUAAAAAAGGAGGAGAA